UUGAGAAGUGAGGUUAGGAAACUGUUAUGACAUCUGAGGUUAUGUUAUCUUCUAGAAAAAAAUAAGAACCAAUUUAUAUUCUAGUUUGUUUAAUAAAUUAAUAUAGAAACACUAAUAAAAUAUUAUAUUCGUUUUAGAAGGGACAACUUGAAUAACUUUUCAAAAUGAUGCGAUAUACUGAAGAAAACGAGCGUUUAGUCGAUAAGUCCCCAUGUGCUGGUGUUCGAGCCGACCUAAAGUUUUGUCUCCUAGAAAGUGACUGUUGUAAAAUACAUAAAAAGACACCCAAGGAGUGCCUACAGUCUGGCAACGUCCCAACCGAAUGUCAAGCUCUCCGAAACACGUUCUUUGAAUGCAAACGAUCAUUGCUAGACAAUCGACAAAGAUUUCGAGGACGGAAAGGGUAUUAAUGAGGUAACAAAAUAAAGUAGUUGAUAAUCUUGUCUUGAGCAUUGCGUAUAUUUAAAUAAAAUAUUCUCUUUA